CUCACUGGCCCCUUUGCUUCAGUGUUUAUUUAGUCUUCCCAGCCCUGAGAGGGAGGCAGAGCCUGGACAGGAACUUACAACUGGUAAGCACCUGUAGUCUGCAGACUGGGAACCGGCGCUCGUUUAACCCUCACAUCCCUUAAUUAUCUGAGUGUGAUUAUUGUUCUGCCGCUUCUGAGAAAGUUGAGGCUCCAGGAGGGACUCGUGCAAAGGACUCAUGUCAAGGGACUUGUGCAAAGUCAAAGCUGGAGAAAAGGCCACAGAUGGCUCCCUGCAGAGCGAGGACUGGACGCUGAACAUGGAGAUCUGCGACAUCAUCAACGAGACGGAGGAAGGGCCAAAGGAUGCCAUCCGAGCCCUGAAGAAGCGGCUCAACGGGAACCGGAACUACCGAGAAGUGAUGCUGGCGCUGACCGUGCUGGAGACGUGCGUGAAGAACUGUGGCCACCGCUUCCACGUCCUCGUGGCCAACCGAGAUUUCAUCGACAGCGUUCUGGUCAAGACCAUCUCCCCCAAGAACAACCCCCCCACCAUCGUACAGGACAAGGUGCUUGCCCUCAUCCAGGCAUGGGCCGAUGCCUUUCGGAGCAGCCCCGACCUCACGGGCGUCGUGCACACGUACGAGGAGCUGAAGCGGAAGGGCGUGGAGUUCCCCACCGCAGACCUGGACGCGCUGUCUCCUAUACACACCCCGCAGCGGAGCGUCCCGGAGGUGGACCCAGCUGCUACCAUGCCCAGGUCCCAGUCGCAGCCGAAGACGAGUGCCGGCUCCUACUCUGCGCCUCAGGCCCCGGCUCUGAGUGUGACUGGCCCCAUCACAGCCAAUUCAGAGCAGAUCGCCAGGCUGCGCAGCGAACUGGAUGUUGUUCGAGGAAACACAAAAGUCAUGUCUGAGAUGUUGACAGAAAUGGUCCCUGGGCAGGAGGACUCGUCCGAUCUGGAGCUGCUGCAGGAGCUGCACAGGACCUGCCGCGCCAUGCAGCAGCGCAUCGUGGAGCUCAUCUCCCGCGUGUGCAACGAGGAGGUCACGGAGGAGCUGCUGCACGUCAACGACGACCUCAACAACGUCUUCCUCCGCUACGAGAGGUUCGAGCGGUACAGGUCGGGCCGAUCCGCACAGAAUGCCAGCAAUGGGGCGCUGAGUGAAGUGGCAGAGGACAACCUCAUAGACCUGGGGCCGGGGUCUCCAGCCGUGGUGAGCCCCGCCGUAGGGAGCACGGCGCCCCCGUCUUCCCUCUCCUCCCAGCUGGCGGGCUUGGACCUGGGGACAGAGAGCGUCAGCGGCACCCUCAGUUCCCUGCAGCAGUGCGACCCCCGGGACAGCUUUGACAUGUUUGCCCAGACGAGAGGGAGCUCCUUGGCUGAGCAACGCAAGACGGCCACCUACGAGGACCCCCAGGCUGUCGGAGGACUUGCCUCUGCACUAGACAGUCGGAAACAGAGCUCCGAAGUGAAGAAAGGUGAAGAUGGGGACUCUGACCUGGAGCCCUUAGACAGCUGGCUCCGGGCCCGCGGAAUGGUCCCCGUGGCGCAGCCCUCUGUCAUGGACGACAUUGAGGUGUGGCUCAGGACGGACCUGAGGGGCGAUGACCUGGAGGAGGGCGUCACCAGCGAAGAGUUCGAUAAAUUCCUUGAAGAAAGGGCUAAAGCUGCCGAAAUGGUUCCCAACCUCCCCUCUCCCCCAGCGGAGGCCCCGGCCCCAGCCUCAAACCCCUCCGGCAGGAAGAAGCCAGAGCGCUCAGAGGAUGCCCUCUUCGCCCUGUGAGCUGUCCUGUGGUCGGGCUCCCCAGGUGGCAGGUCACCUCUGGCUCCCUGUCCCCACCAGCCCCACCCCCCCAUCCCCAGCCCCCGACUUGGUCCUGGUGUCUCCAUGGAAACGCCACUGUGUUUGCUCCCAGGCCUCCCACCAGUCAGGGCCAGCUUUAGCCACCUUCUCUGUGGGCGAUGGGACCGUGUCAGUGCAGCCACAGCCCCUCGCUCUCGCCCUCUGCCUCUCCCACCCAGGAGCACCCUCUGUGUUUCCUUCCAGGAAGAGCUGGCAGCAAGGGAGUCCCUUUGGGACUGUUCCUGAGCCCUUCCUCUGCCACCUGCCCAGAGAAAGGGGUCAGACCCCAGCCCCUUCCCUCACCCCUAGGCCCCUGCUUGGCUCAGCAGUUCCCCCCGGCUCCCCCACCCCAGAAGCUCCCCUGCACCACCCCACCUCUGUCCCAGAAAGGGUGGGUCUCCCUCUCUGGACUGCUGUUCCCUGGAGAGUGUUGCACUUUAGAAGGCUCUGGGGGGCGCUCUCAGGAGGGGUCUCUCAUUGAGCUGCUUGCCCAGGCCCACGUCCAAGCCGGCUCAGGAGCCGAGCCUGGGACCAAGGGGUCCCCCCGGGCCCGCAAGCUCCUGGUGUGAGGAGAGUGGGAGGGCAGCGCGUCACUCUGGCUGGCGGGCCCCUGGCUGGUCAGCUCUGCCUGGGUGACCACACUGCAGGCCCCGUGCGGUCGGCCAGUCCAUGGGGGGGCAGGCACUGGGAGGGCUGGCUCUGGCCUGCUUGGGAGCUUUGUGUUUGUGAAUGUGCUUCAGCCUGGCCUGUGGCAGCCUCUGUGCCACCGCCUCCCAGGCACAGCGGCAGGGGGUUUGCACCAGGCGGAGAUCCCAGUGACCUAGCGGCCUCUCUCGAAGAAGGCCCCUGCACUCUCCUGCAUGUGGGCCUUAGCCUCCCCUGCAGGCUGUCCUGACAGCCUGACCGCCUCCGCCCCACCCCCUCACAUCCUGGGUCCUCACUGUGUCACCGUCUCCCUCUCUGGCGGGGGCAGGCACUGGUCCAGCCCCCCCCCCCCCCCGGCCCUGUGCUGUUGCCCGGCAGGGCAGUGGCUGCCUCAGCUGCUUUACUCCAGCCUGGGGGCCCCUGGCCCCGGGUCAGCAUUCAGCACAUGCCGCCCGAGCAUAGGGGCAAAAUUUAGCCGACUCUGGCUGUUCCUGGCCUGUGGUGUGGUCAGCCUUGCUUACCUGGUGACCCAACCUGGCAGACAAGGCUGGGCCUGACACGCAGGCUCCAGGUAAGCAUUUAGGAUGAGGCUGAAGGGCUGUGUGCGGCACCAACAGGGCAGUUGCGGUGGAGGGUGCAGCCCUGCCCACGCCAGAACCCACACUCAGCCUGGCACCUUGCAGACUCCUCCAGAGGGGACGCUCGGGGUCUGGCUGGGACCCUCACUCUCUAGUCCUCAGAGGACGCCCAGAAAGCUUCUUCUUGGCGCUCAGGUGGCCUGACCCCAGCCCUGCCCCCGGCAGCACCUGCCAGGCCUGCACCAUCCCCAGCCCUGCUCCUGGUCAGCCUGCACCUCCCUCCUCAGCAUUUCCCAAGGGCAGGGCCCUGAGGCCAGCUUGGAUGCUAAGACGUCUGAAGUCGGCUGGCCUGAC